GUCGAUAAAUAAUUUUCGUCGCUUUAAAAGUUUUUUUUCUUUAACAAUUUUUUAAUUUUCUUUUUCAAGAUGCCAAUGGCAACAUCAAUGGAUAAAGAAGUCAUAAGAGAAGCCUAUGAAGACGUUCGAAGCAACUUAACCGACACGGAGUGGGCGAUUUUCAAAUUUGAUUCAACUGAAAUCAUUUGCGCUGCAAAGGGAAUUGGAUUUGAAGAGUUUCAACAACAAUUCUCCGACAGUGAACGAGCUUUCGGUUACAUUCGCAUUCAAAUGGGUGAUGAGAUGUCAAAAAGAAGUAAAUUCCUGUUUGUGACAUGGAUUGGACCCGAAGUUGGUGUCAUGCAGCGAGCUAAAAUGUCUACCGAUAAAUCAAUCAUCAAGGAAAUUAUCAGCAAUUUCGCUGCUGAGCUUCAAAUUGAGUUAGACUCGGAAAUGGAUAUUUCCUACUUCAAAGAUGUUCUUAACCGAGCGGGUGGUGCCAACUAUGGAACUGGCAUUCGUGAGAUUUAAGCUGAUGGGAUUACAAAAACGAAAAAACAGUCAUUUUUGCAUUUAUUGGUUACGCAAUGUUUUUAAAAUCACAUUUCUUUUAUUUUCUCUGCUUUUCAUAAAAAAAAUUAAUUAUUUAAACGUGCCAAGUGUCUGUGUCUUUAAGGUCUAACAUAUGAUUACAAAGCCUUGGUGGUACUAAUCUAAUAACAAUAAAAAAGAUUUUAAGCAGGAAAAAUGAUGUCAAAUAUUGAUAAGGAAUUUUAUUACAAUUUUGCUUUGUGAUUACUGAUAAUAGUAGAUAUCUAAUAAAAGUUUCGAGAUUUUAAAUUUGUUUUUGAUUUAUAAAAAAGAUUUUCCGAAAGAAAAAUGAAUGAAAGUCAAUUUUAUUUACAGUCUUCCUAUCAAAGCUAUUUAUUUUCUUUCCAGUGAUUAUAAUUUAUAAAUAAAAAAAGAAGUAAAACUUUAAAAUUCAAUAAAAGACUAAACAUUUUACUAUCAUAGAUCUAAAAAUGGAAGGGAAAUGUUUAUUAUUUCGAUAUUAUUAAAAUUUAUAGAAGAACAAGUGGAAAAGUAAUAUGAUGCAGUUUUAUGGUUCCAUUUCUCUCGGAACAGUCAAUAUAAUUAAUUUGGGCAUAUCAACAAAGUCAC